GAGUGAUCGAGGUCUCAAAAACCAAGUUCUUCAUACAUUUCCUUCUGUUAAUCUUUUCUCUCUUUAACAAUGGCAUCUUCUUCUUCGUUGACUCUUUCACAAGCCCUAAUCUACCGUUCCACAACCCACAAUGCAUCACCUUCAUCCGAUCGCAUCCUUCUCCCCGCCGCCGCUAUCUCUAUUCCCACUUUCUCCGGUCUAAAAUCCUCAUCUUCCGCCGCCCCAUCUUCUAUCCCAACUCGAUCAAGCCGCCGCUUGAACUCCCGAUGCACCUCAACUCGGGCUUCCGCCGCCGUUGAGACUAUCGGGAAGACUGACACUGAACUCGUCGAUAAAUCGGUCAACACGAUUCGAUUUCUAUCAAUUGAUGCAGUCGAGAAGGCUAAUUCGGGUCACCCAGGUCUUCCUAUGGGUUGUGCACCAAUGGGUCAUAUUCUUUACGAUGAAGUUAUGAGGUAUAACCCGAAGAACCCUUAUUGGUUUAAUCGCGAUCGCUUUGUUCUCUCCGCUGGUCAUGGUUGUAUGCUUCAGUAUGCUCUUCUUCAUCUUGCUGGAUAUGACAGUGUCAAGGAAGAAGAUCUGAAGAAUUUCAGGCAAUGGGGAAGCAGUACACCUGGUCACCCAGAAAACUUUGAAACCCCUGGUGUUGAAGUUACAACUGGUCCUCUUGGACAGGGAAUUGCCAAUGCUGUUGGGUUGGCUGCUGCAGAGAAGCAUUUGGCUGCUCGUUUCAACAAACCAGACGCCGAGAUUGUUGAUCAUUACACGUAUGCGAUAUUGGGAGAUGGUUGUCAAAUGGAAGGAAUUUCCAAUGAAGCUUGUUCACUUGCUGGACAUUGGGGGCUUGGAAAGCUGAUUGCUUUCUAUGAUGACAACCAUAUUUCAAUUGAUGGUGACACUGAUAUUGCAUUCACUGAGAAUGUCGAUGCUCGUUUUCAAGCUCUUGGCUGGCAUGUUAUAUGGGUUAAGAACGGAAACACUGGUUAUGAUGAAAUUCGUGCUGCUAUUCAGGAAGCUAAAGCUGUCAAAGACAAGCCAACUUUGAUCAAGGUAACUACGACCAUUGGCUUUGGUUCUCCAAACAAAUCCAACAGUUAUAGUGUGCAUGGAAGUGCUCUUGGUGCCAAGGAAGUUGAUGCCACAAGGCAGAACCUAGGUUGGCCAUACGAACCUCUUCACGUGCCCGAAGAUGUCAAAAGUCACUGGAGCCGCCAUACACCUGCUGGUGCUGCUAUUGAAGCUGAGUGGAACGCUAAAUUUUCGGCGUACGAGAAAAAAUAUCCAGAGGAAGCGGCGGAGUUGAAAACGAUCAUUUCUGGCGAAUUACCCUCUGGUUGGGAGAAAGCUCUUCCGACGUACACUACUGAAAGCGCUGCUGACGCCACGAGAAACCUCUCCCAACAAUGUCUAAACGCACUCGUGAAGGUAAUCCCCGGAUUCCUAGGGGGAAGUGCCGAUCUCGCUUCCUCAAACAUGACUCUACUUAAGACAUUCGGUGAUUUCCAAAAGAGCACUCCUGAAGAACGAAACAUCCGGUUUGGCGUUCGCGAACACGCAAUGGGAGCCAUAUGCAAUGGAAUCGCUCUCCACACCCCCGGUUUCAUCCCUUACUGUGCUACAUUCUUCGUCUUCACCGACUACAUGAGAGCCGCAAUGAGAAUCUCCGCCCUAGCCGAAGCUAGGGUCAUCUACGUGAUGACACACGACUCAAUUGGGCUCGGAGAAGAUGGCCCGACCCAUCAACCCAUUGAACACUUAGCCAGUUUCCGUGCCAUGCCCAACAUUUUCAUGAUGCGUCCUGCUGACGGAACUGAAACCGCUGGUGCCUAUAAAGUUGCAAUCGAGAGUCGAAAGACUCCCACCGUUCUAGCACUCUCCCGUCAAAAGUUGCCACACCUUGACGGGACUUCAAUUGAAGGAGUCGAGAAGGGAGGAUAUAUUAUAUCAGAUAAUUCAUCGGGUAAGAAUAACCCGGAUGUGAUUUUGAUCGGUACCGGAUCUGAACUUGAAAUAGCGGUUAAAGCGGCCGAUAUACUUAGGAAAGAAGGGAAGACGGUUAGGGUUGUAUCGUUCGUUUGUUGGGAACUUUUCUUCGCACAAUCGGACGAAUACAAGGAAAGUGUUUUACCUAAGGCGGUUGAGGCCAAGGUGAGCAUUGAAGCCGGGACGACUUUCGGGUGGGCGAAGAUUGUCGGGAGUAAAGGGAAGGCUAUCGGAAUCGACAGUUUCGGGGCUAGUGCUCCGGCGGGGAAGAUAUACGAGGAGUUUGGAAUUACGGUUGAGGCAGUUGUAACUGCUGCAAAAUCAAUAAGCUAAGUGUUUUUGGAACCCUCAAUGAGACCAGGAGAGUUUUUUUUUGUUUUGUUGUUGACAUUAUGAUCAACACGUUAUGGACUUUUAAGUAGUUGCCUUAUUUGAAAUGUUAAAUUUUGUAUUAAUAAAGUUGUAAUAGCUUGGCUUAAUUAUGGUUGUUAAAUAAUUCAAUCGUGAUGGGAUGAUUUCAAUA